CCGCUUUCCGAUUGGUCCCUACAGCAAGAGGGCAAGGACAAUUGCUUAAGUUGACCUCUGGGUCCGGAAUCGCGGGCAAAGAUGGCGGCGGCCAGGUGUUGGAGGCCUUUGCUACGCGGUCCGAGGCUUUCAUUGCACAUCGCGGCUAAUGCCGCCGCCACGGCUACAGAAACGACCUGCCAAGACGUCGCGGCGACCCCCGUCGCGCGGUACCCGCCGAUUGUGGCCUCCAUGACAGCCGACAGCAAGGCUGCACGGCUGCGGCGGAUCGAGCGCUGGCAGGCGACGGUGCACGCUGCGGAGUCGGUAGACGAGAAGCUGCGAAUCCUCACCAAGAUGCAGUUUAUGAAGUACAUGGUUUACCCGCAGACCUUCGCGCUGAAUGCCGACCGCUGGUACCAGUACUUCACCAAGACCGUGUUCCUGUCGGGUCUGCCGCCGCCCCCAGCGGAGCCCGAGCCCGAGCCCGAACCCGAACCUGAACCUGCGCUGGACCUCGCGGCGCUGCGUGCGGUCGCCUGCGACUGCCUGCUGCAGGAGCACUUCUACCUGCGGCGCAGGCGGCGCGUGCACCGUUACGAGGAGAGCGAGGUCAUAUCUUUGCCCUUCCUGGAUCAGCUGGUGUCAACCCUCGUGGGCCUCCUCAGCCCACACAACCCGGCCCUGGCCGCUGCCGCCCUCGAUUAUAGAUGCCCAGUUCAUUUUUACUGGGUGCGUGGUGAAGAAAUUAUUCCUCGUGGUCAUCGAAGAGGUCGAAUUGAUGACUUGCGAUACCAGAUAGAUGAUAAACCAAACAACCAGAUUCGAAUAUCCAAGCAACUUGCAGAGUUUGUGCCAUUGGAUUAUUCUGUUCCUAUAGAAAUCCCCACUAUAAAAUGUAAACCAGACAAACUUCCAUUAUUCAAACGGCAGUAUGAAAACCACAUAUUUGUUGGCUCAAAAACUGCAGAUCCUUGCUGUUAUGGUCACACCCAGUUUCAUCUGUUACCUGACAAAUUAAGAAGGGAAAGGCUUUUGAGACAAAACUGUGCUGAUCAGAUAGAAGUUGUUUUUAGAGCUAAUGCUAUUGCAAGCCUUUUUGCUUGGACUGGAGCACAAGCUAUGUAUCAAGGAUUCUGGAGUGAAGCAGAUGUUACUCGACCUUUUGUCUCCCAGGCUGUGAUCACAGAUGGAAAAUACUUUUCCUUUUUCUGCUACCAGCUAAAUACUUUGGCACUGACUACACAAGCUGAUCAAAAUAACCCUCGUAAAAAUAUAUGUUGGGGUACACAAAGUAAGCCUCUUUAUGAAACAAUUGAGGAUAAUGAUGUGAAAGGUUUUAAUGAUGAUGUUCUACUUCAGAUAGUUCACUUUCUACUGAAUAGACCAAAAGAAGAAAAAUCACAGCUGUUGGAAAACUGAAAAAGCAUAUUUGAUUGAGAACUGUGGGAAUAUUUAAAUUUUACUGAAGGAACAAUAAUGAUGAGAUUUGUAACUGUCAACUAUUAAAUACAUUGAUUUUUGAGACAAA